AUGUACAAUACGUACAACGCGCAGGAGGUCGAGCAAGCACUGAAGUCACUGGAGGAUGCAUCGAUGCUACAACAGGCUGAGCUUGUCUCGGAAGGUACGGGAUCUGCAGCACCAGAAGCUGUCCAAGUGGCGGACAUGAUCGAAACGACACAGCCAUGGGGUUGUGUCAAAGACGAUGGUGCCCCUGCAGCCGUGCCGGAUGAUGAAGAGCCGGUGCAAGCCUUGCAAAUGCUGCCGCCAGCCAUUGCUGUUCAGAUGUGUGAUGCAGCUGUUCGGCGAGAUCCUUCAGCUAAUGGGCAGGACUCAGGAAAGGAAGGUUCCCCGGAAGAGCCUCCUCGAUUCGCUGUCGAUGUUCUGGCGGCCGAACCUUCCCUGGGUGGACUCGUUACGAAAGCAGCAGACAGCACCAUUGACGAAGAAGGAAGACCUGAAGCAGAAGCUGCAGACAGCGCUCCAGCUGGCAAUGCGAGAGGUGUGCAAGAAGAGAAUGGUCCCACGGCCAAGGGCAGAGGGCGUGGCUCGAGCAUCUCUUGUCCGGGUUUCGGUUUCAGUCCUCCGGUGCAGGAGCUCACUGCAACACAGGAGCCAACAUGUGUUGAGGAGUGUGGCAAGACGGACCUGUGCGUUCGUGAUUCUGAGCUUGUCCUGGAGCCAGAUGCAUGCCACAAGACGGAUGAUUGUAGCCACAUGCAGAGGUUUCUGAUGGGAACUCCAGGCCAUCAAGGAGAAGAAUGGUCUCCUCAUCAAGGAGCUUGGCGAAACGACAGAGGUGUUGUUGAACCAGAGGCAGAGCCCACCCUCUCUGGACCUCCUGAAUGCGCAAGGCUGAGGCCGUGCAACCCGGAGCACAAUGAGGUCGACGCCAAGCCCCCUGAGUUUUUGCCGCAUCUGCGGCGAUUGGCAGGGCGCGUCUUCCUUCACUAUGCUGGUGGUGAUUGCACGGCCCCGGGUGGGGUCGGCCUGAGCGGCACAAGGUUUCGAAGUUUCUUGAGGGAUUGCAGCAUUUUGAACUCCGGUGAUGGUGGUGAUGCAAUGACGAAGCUUCCCAGCUCUGCGCCAGUCGAUCCGCAGAACCUGGAUCGCCGGACACCUCCAGGACUCUUUAUGCGCCGCUCUUCGUCUGCCACCUCCCUGCGGACGGUGUCCCGAAAGGGAAGCAAGACGUACUUGCGGUCGGACUCCUUCGCAGCCGGCUUUGGCGACAGCGCAGAAGCCGCCGCGGCGGAGCAUGGCAAGCUCCCACUCGAUCUGUGCGCGACUCCUGUGAUGACUCGUGCAACAGCUGACCUUCUGUAUGUGCAGGCGACCACGCAACAUGAGGUUCACAUGACGAAAGACGGCUGGUUCAGGGCUUUGGCCAGCGCUGCGCAGCAAUGUGUGGCAGCAGGUGUGGAAGAUGCGCCCGAGUCUCUAAGCAGCCCUGUGGAGAUCCUGAAUUGGUUCUGCGAGUGGGCAUUGGUCCCGCUGGCCGAAGCCCUCGGCAUCAGCGAGCAGGAUGUGUUGUCUGGGGCAGAAAUUCUGCGCCAGCCAGAGGUCUCAGCAUUGCUCCGAUGCGGACAGCGAGGUCUGGACAUCGUAUUCGCGCGCUAUGCUGUUCCUGCACCUGCUCCACGUGAGCCGUACAGGAAGGGGUACUGGAACGCCAAGUCGAUGCAGCGCUUUGCCGCGGAGUCAGACAUGUCAGCUGAACUCAGCCACCAGUGCUUGCAGCGAAUCUUCACCGGGUGCGUGCAGUACCAGACAAGACACAGAAGAACAAAGCGGCGACCUGCAGCGACAAUGGCCCACCAAGCUCAAUGGAAUCAGAAGAUUGGGGCGCAGGCAGUUGUGAUGUGUGACUCUUUGAAGACGCUUGAAGCAAACGUCCGGAAGAGGAUUCCGUUUGCCGCGGGUAGAGGAACCGUCGUCUUGGAAGUUUUGCCUACCGUCGUGGCCGUCUGGUUCUCGGAAGUGUACCUACCGUUGCGGUCACGGCUCUUUGAAGCGUACCUACCGUAUCCUACCGUCGUCCUGGAAGUUUCACCUUUCGUGGCCGCCUGGUUCUUGGGAGUAUACGUCGUGGUCGCCUGA